AUGGAUUUGUUGCUAUCCAAUGCCAUUAAAGCCAAGCAUUUGCCUGAUAUUACAAAUUACAAAGCAAAGCUUCUGUUAAAUAAAGAAAUUCGGUCUAUUUAUCCUGAAUUCGGACUUGAAAAAUAUAAAAAGUUAUUUAAUGUAUGUAUAUACCCACGUGGUGAUCAUAAAACAAAUAAAGAAAUUCCGAGUAUUUUAUGGUAUAACACUGAUUGUCGCUCUAUUUCCAAGGAUAAAGAUAUGUGGUCACCAAAUCAUUUUGUCCCUAUUGUGAAAAGAGAAGUUUUAUGCUUAAAGAAAUUUGUCAAAAGUGAUUUAAAAAGAGGAUUGUGUUCAGUUUUGCCAAAUGUAAAUAUUGAUAUAACUCCUAAUCCAAUCUUACUUAAUUGUAUUCCUUGUUCAUCGGAUCAGUCUUUAAGCCUUCCUUUUUAUGAUGUUUCUACUUACUAUGAGCGCGGUAGAAAACUAUCUGCUGGCAAAGAUGAUUCAAUGUUAUUAGAUCUAGUUAAUAAAAUAUUUAUUCCUAACUCAUCUUUUGUUUUUCCUAUUUCUGGUGAAAAAAAGAAACAAUCAUUUUUACAUAAAUGGCUACUUGAAUAUUCCUGGUUAGCUUACUCACAGAUUGAAGAUGGAGCAUACUGCCUUCCAUGUACACUGUUGGGAAGCAGAAUUCCAAACAAUACCUUAAUAAUCAACUUCAUUCGAAAACCUUUUAAAAUAUGGGGUAAUGCAAUUCGUGCUUACAUGGAUCACAAUAAUAAUUGUCGACUUCAUCAAAUGUCAAUGCAUUGUCUUAACAUGCUGCAAUCUAGAUCUAAUUCAAAAAAAAAUCUGAUUGAAACAAUUAUUUUUCUUGGCCGCAAUGAUAUUGCUUUUCGAGGUCAUCGUGAUGACAGUAAGUAUCAUCCAGAGAUCGGAGAAACAUGUAAAAACAACAUUGGUAUAGGUAACUUUGUAGAGCUUUUAAAUUUUCGCAUUGAAGCAGGUGAUAAAGUUCUUGAGCACCAUAUUCGUUCUGCUCCUAAAAAUGCAACCUAUAUAUCUAAAACCACACAAAACGAACUUAUUGAAUGCUGUGGAAAAACAAUCGAAGAAGUUCUAAUUAAUAAAAUUAAAAAUUCAGGUUAUUUUUCUAUCUUGUGUGAUGGAGCCUCUGAUUGUUCUAAUGUUGAACAGCUUUCUCUAUUUAUAAGAUACAUUGACUGUGAUAAUGUUAUUUGUGAAGAUUUUCUACUGUUCAUUGAAUGUAAAUCUGGUAAAACUGGUCUUAGUCUUGCGCAAAACAUAGUUUCUGCAAUUGAUGAUCUUGGUCUUGAUAUCCAAAAAUGUAGAGGUCAAGGAUAUGAUGGUGGUGGGGCAAUGUCUGGUAAAUUAAAAGGUAUUUCAUCAAGAGUUAAAUUUAUCAAUUCAAAGGCUAUUUUUGUUCACUGUGCAUGCCAUAAACUUAAUUUAGUUGUAAGUAAAUCAUGCAAUGUUCAGAGUGUUAGAAAUGUUCUUGAUCAAAUCAAAGAUAUAUCAUAUUUUUUUAACUUAUCACCUAAACGUGCCAGCUGUCUUAAUAAAUUCAUUUUUCCUGGUCAAGCAAAAUUAAUCAAUACAUAUCGAACUAGAUGGGUUCAGAAACUUCAAGGUCUGGAUGUUUUUUUUGAUAACUACAUAUCUGUUUUUCAUUCAAUGGAAGAAAUGGCAUACAAUGAAGAUUCAAAAAAAAAUAUUGAUUUCUAUCAUAACGAAUGGUACUUAAUUGCUCUUGAUCUAGCUAAGACUCUUGAUGUUUCAGAAGUUAAACCAAGGCUCUGUGGCAGACAAGUUUAUAGAGAUAAUUAUCCCUCUGACACAGUUUCAGAUUAUUUCAAAUAUUCCAUCACAUCUCCUAUUCUAGAUUAUUUAAUUAAUGAAUUAAAAGAUAGAUUUGAUAUAGGUGAUAUGGUUGUUUACAAACGUUUAUCUGGUAUUCCUGCAACUGUUGUAAAAAAAAAUAAAGAAAAAUGUUUUUGGAAGUUGGAAUUUAUGGAUUUUUUGCAUUUUUAUAUAUCGGAUAUGCCUCAUCCUACAUCAAUUCAUGCUGAAUUAGAUUUGUGCGAAACAUUUUGGAACAAUCAAUCUGUGAUCCCAUCCACUAUUACAGAAACUUUAAAAUCUAUUGAUAUGAGGGGUUUCCCAGACAUUAGGGAAGGUUUUUUAAUAAUGGGAACAAUUCCAAUUACUACAUGUGAAUGCGAGAGGAGCAUUUCUGUUAUAUGCAGACUGAAAACUUUUAUGCGAAGUCGCAUGACAGAGUCAAGAUUUAAUUCUUUAGCUCUGAUGUCUAUUCAUCAAGAAAUAAUUCCUGAUGUAGAAAGAGUUUUGAAUAUUUUUUCUGUUUUAGGGGAACGACGCUUAGAGUUGGUUUUUACCUAA